AUGGAGUGUCACUCUAAAAACCUUGAUGUUAAUACAGUUGAGACAGUUGAGACAGAUGAUCAGAUAAAGUGGAGAUUUAGACACAACUUUCUCAUAGCUCUGAUCUACAGACAGAGCAGAAAGAGAAAAGUUAUUGAUGAUGUUCUUGAUGGGAGAUUCAGAGGCAGACUGGAGCUGGAUCAGACUGGAUCUCUGACCAUCACAGACACCAGAACCACAGACUCUGGACUUUAUGAAGUGAAGAACACCAACAACAUACUCUACACAUUCAGUCUUACCGUCUAUGCUCGUCUUUCUGUUCCUGUCAUCAGUAGAGACUGUUCUUCAUCAUCAUCAUCCUCAGAGCAGAAUUGUUCAUUGUUGUGUUCAGUGGUGAAUGUGAGUGCUGUGAGUGUCUCCUGGUUCAGAGGACACAGUUUAUUGUCCAGCAUCAGUGUGUUUGAUCUCAGCAUCAGUCUCUCUCUACCUCUGGAGGUGGAAUAUCAGGAUAAAAACUCCUACAGCUGUGUGCUUAACAAUUCAUUUUCACUAACCAGACCGCAACAUCUGGACAUCAGAGGACUCUGUCACACAUGUCCAGACCAUAUCUGCUCUUGUGGUUUUACUGAAGCUGUGAUCCGAUUGGUUCUCUCUGCUCUGGUGGGUGUGGCUGCUGUGGCUGUUCUUGUUUAUGACAUCAGAUCCAGAAGUCUUCAGCAGAAGAAAGAGCAGACGUCAUCAUCAAGCUCUGAUUAAUCAGAUACUCAGGAAAAUGGGAAUGUUGCUGAACAACUGUAGACAUUUUACUAGAAAAAUGUAAGCCAUAAUUAAUGUUCAGUUUGUUUAAUGUGUGCUUUUUAGUAGGUGAAUUUAUGACAUGUAUUUGUCUUGUUGGUUUUCAUUUAUCUCUUUAUGCUUUGUUUCUCAGUCUUUAAUAUGCUAUGUAGUGAUUUUUUAUUUAUUGUGUGUGUGUGUGUGUGUGUGUGUGUGUGUUAACAGACAGAAUUUAAUAAGUGGGAAUCCUUUCUUUUGAGUAGACAGGCUAUUACUUAUUUUUAUUAGUAUAUGUAGGUUUAAGUUAGUAUAGACAUUUGUAAUAGCUAUAUUGGGUCAAGCUCAUUUUAAAGAUGUUUGUGCCUCCUUAUAAAAUAAAACAAUAAAUUAAUCAACAGUAUUUCAGGAGUUGGCAUGUGUCUGAAAUUUAGCAAUAACUUGACAUGAAUAUGGUGGUAUAAUGGAAGAAAUGAUGCAAGGAGAGACAUAAACAGCAUUGUAUAUAUAUAUAUAUAUAUAUAUAUAUAUAAUAUAUAUUUUUU